AUGGAUGUGUAUCCGCCUUCUGGGACUCAGGCUGAUCCGUCGCUUUUUCCGCCAGAGGAGGUGGUUGGGUUUCCUGGACCGACGCCGACUGGAGUUGAGCCUAAUGCUAUCGAGACUGCGCCGUCUUAUCCGUAUAAUGACCAGGCUGCGUUUUCAUGGCCGCUGGUCAAGCCCCAGCCGCAUGGAAGCGGGUCUCAGUCUCCUGACUUUGACAUUGCAAAGUAUUGGGGCAAUCUCAGUCCAUGGUAUUCUGUUCGCAGCGCCGAUUAUGGGUUGCCAGAUGCUAGUCCUCUGAUUCCUGAGGGAUGCGAUGUUACGCAAAUGCAUCUGCUGUACCGUCAUGGAGCCAGGUAUCCCACCAGCGACGCCGCGCCAGCAAAAUUCGCCUCGAAACUCUCCAAUGCCACUAAAACCGGACUUUCAUUCUCUGGAGAACUCACCUUCUUGAGCAAUUGGAGGUACAAGCUAGGUGCUGAACUACUUACACCAUUCGGUCGCAGCCAAAACUUCAUGCUAGGAGUCGAGUACCGCCAGCUGUACGGCCACCUCCUCAACAACUUCACCCAAUCCGGAAAGAUACCAGUGUUCCGAACCCAAAGUCAAGACCGCAUGGUUCACACAGCCGAAAACUUCGCCGCGGGCUUCUUCGGUGUCCCUGAAUACCUCAACCAAGUCAACAUCGAAAUCCUCGUCGAAACCCGCGGCCUCAACAACUCCGGCGCCCCCUACGAAAUCUGCAACAACUCCAACAUCGCCUCUCGUGGCAGCAUCGGCAGCACCGUCGCCCUUGAAUUCGCUACCAACGCCUUUAACGCCACGCUCGCGCGCCUCCAAUCCCAAGCCCACGGCAUUACCUUGACUCCAUCCGACGCAAUCUCCAUGCUCCAACUCUGCUCCUACGAAACCCACGCCUUGGGCUCCUCCCCCUUCUGCGCCCUAUUCAGCGAACAAGACUUCAUAAACUACGAAUACUACUUCGACCUCUCCUUCUACUACAACAACGGGCCCGGCUCCCCCGUCUCCGCUGCACAGGGAAAGGGUUAUCUCGAUGAAUACAUUGCGCGCUUCACUCAUACCUUCCCUUCGCCGAACUCAGCACUGAACGAAACGUUUGAUAAUACGUCGACUUAUUUCCCGCUGGACCAGAGUAUCUAUGCGGAUGCGACGCAUGAAGUUGUGGUGCUAGAUGUGCUUACCGCGUUUAACCUGACUGCGUUGUUUAAAGGGGAACCGUUAAGUAAGAAGGGGAAUGAGGGCAGUAAUACGUUUGUUGCGAGUAAACUAGUGCCGUUUGCGACGCAUUUUACUACGCAGGUGCUUGAGUGUAAGGGGAGGACGCCGGGGAAGCAGGUUAGGUUUGUUGUGAAUGACGCUGUUGUCCCAAUCCAUGAGUCCCAUCCUGGAUGUCCCAAGGACGUGGAUGGACUUUGCUCCUUCGACAAUGUGGUCGAGGUGCUCAAGAAGAGGAGUGCAGAGAUUGAUUUCGAGUAUGAUUGUUUUGGGAAUUAUACUGCUGUGCCUGGGGUGAAUUACAACGGGCGAGCACCGAGAUAG